AUGAAUCUGGCAAACUACUCGUACUACUCUGGCAUGUGCAACAUGACCGCAGAGACGCAGCACUCUCCCGCAGAGGUCAGUCCGGUGGUCCUGUCCCCCAACGUCAGUCUGGACUCUCCGCUGCCCCCCUUGAUGCUGUCAGGCCGCUCCAAGGACGGCGUCCUGAUCAAAUCGGAGCCGCGAGGGAACAGUCCCGACGCCGAGGACGGGGUCGUUUUAGGCCAGACGGAUCAGGAGCACAUGCCCACCGGUAGCCGCCGCAGGAAGAGGCCGGUGCAGCGGGGCAAGCCCCCCUACAGCUACAUCGCUCUCAUCGCCAUGGCCAUCGCCAACUCCUCCGAGAGGAAGCUCACACUGGGCGGCAUCUACAAGUUCAUCAUGGAGCGCUUCCCGUUCUACAGGGAGAACUCCAAGAAGUGGCAGAACUCCAUCCGUCACAACUUGACACUCAACGAUUGUUUCGUCAAGAUCCCGAGGGAGCCCGGCAGACCCGGCAAGGGCAACUACUGGACUCUGGACCCCGCCGCUGAGGACAUGUUCGACAACGGGAGCUUCCUGCGGAGGCGCAAGCGCUUCAAACGCACAGAUGUGAGCACCUACCCGGGCUACGUGCAGAACUCCAGCGCCUUCACGCCCACCCCGAUGGGAAGACCUUCCUACCCGAACACCUUGUACGCGGGGAUCGGGUCCGGGUACGCGGCCUCCUCCCAGCACCCGGCCAUGCUGCAUCACUACCAGACGUCAGCCGGCGUGUGCCAGGCGCAGCCGCGCAUGUUCAGCAUCGACAACAUCAUCAGCCCGCAGGCGGUCGGGGAACUCAACCCACAAGCUUUGCAGGGGCUCGGCGGGGGAGACCUGGCCGCUAUGACCUCCAGCUGCUCGGUAACCGGGGCAGACCCUUCAGCCUGCUUUCAGACCCAAACCGUCAACCAGUCCGCCAACAUGUUGAGCAGAAACAACGGAAACAUCUCCUCCAAUAUCUCCUCCAACCUCACCCCGGCGUACCCUUACUCCUCCCCGGCAUCGCCUCCCAACCUGACCGGUAUGACCCAAACCGGGUUCUCCCCCGGGAGCUCUCAGGUGUACUGCCCGGGCAACAGGCUCUCUCUGCCUGCUCUGCGGCCGAGCUCCUGCGCGGAACACACGGAGCAGCUUCUGGGCCUCUCGGGCUCCAUGAACACUUACAACAACUCCUACAUGAGACAGGCCAACUUUGCAUCGGGACUGGAACGAUACAUGUGA